UUACGAGACCAAACGAGUGCAUAAUCUGUUUUUACAAAGAUUAUCGAUAAAACUACAAUAUAACGGCCAGACGACAGUUUUGUUUAACACAUUCAGUGUAAAUUUUGGCCACAACGCUGGCAAGAUCGCGUUCACGCCUCUAGGGCCUUCCAUACUUCAAGAGAAAGUAACUGCAUAGGCAAUCAAAUUGCAAGCUUACCACAAGAAUUUUUAAUUGGAAGCUAGCUCGGCUGCCGGUUGUUCAUAAAUGUCAAAAGCAAACUCCUUGUUUUUUUUCCAAGGCUGCAGCGAGAGUCAGGCCAAACAGGAUUUGUGUUUUUAUUGACGAGCGACACCUUCCGCAUGGAUGCGAACUUAAACUUGUGGCUUUGAAUGAAAGUGAGCGUAUGAUACUGCCUGGAGCACAGUCACAGUAUCGUUUGAAACCUGUUGACGAAUACGAAUCACAGGGAGAGUGCGCACUAAAUCACUCAGUAAGAGAUUACGAUGCCAGCCUGACUCGAAGUGUUUUGUCUUCUCUGCGUUGUUUUAAAUUGGAAACUGAUGCGACAUGUGGAGCUGACAUGUGGAGUCAUUUUGGAAAAGUCAUCAUCCGGGAUCCUGAUGAAGCCGACAUUAAUGAGACAUGGAGCAUUACUGAAGCAGUUGACAAGUUACAAGCAACUCCCCAAAAAAGCAAUGAGUGGCUCGUUGCAUUUAAAGAAGGAGUGGAACUUGAAGACAAGGUGGUGUAUGAUACAUUUGGUGAACAGAAUGAAGAAGAUUUCAUCGCCAGAUAUGAUUUAAGUUUUUUGACUCCAAGAAGUCAAUCAAUAAGAUGCAAGGUGAGCUUUUUAGAUUUGCGGUUUCUGUUUCUAAUUUCCUUCUUCAUUGCAUCUGUGUCAAAAGCUGAUGCUUCCACCAAAUUGUUCUUCAGUCUAUGCACCUACUCACCUCUGACUCAUAAGGAUCCUGCACUUCAUCGACUAUCGCCGAUCAAGCCUCAAGCCGGCAGUAUAAAGAAAUCACUGACAAGCUGUAAUGGGUGUCUGCUUGGAUUAGUGAUAUACCGAUAA